AUGCCACGUAUCCGUCACCAUAGAAGGUACCACACAUGGCCCCACUGCGGCUCAGAACUAUGUAUUCGUGAGCCCGCAGGCUUAGGAAUGCAUGUCUCCAAGUUAGGCGAUGGCCCCGCAACCUAUAUCCCACUGUUUGUUCAGGAAGCCACGGCGCCUCCGCUCAGCACAGAAGAGUUUCUUUGCGAUGAUAUGGGAAUGCCCGAACUUUCCCGUCAGCCGAAACGAAUGCCUCGGCUCUGGUUCCGAUCAUCGAUUAAGGAGCGAAAUGAUCAGAGCUCGGUGUCGGGGUCGUCGGGGCAGACGAAACAGGUUUAUCGGAGUGUUCUGCGUCGGUUGACACGUCGGCCGCUCUUGAGCAAGACUCGCUCUUUACUUGUUGUGCCUUCAAAUAUGAGAUCUAGUGAUUCAUUUAUAAUGUCUGGUUUGAUAACACCCCGUGAUGUGGCCGAGCAGGCGGGUUUCUCGGACUCGGACAGAGGGAGGUCUUCUGUGGCUAAAGCCGACGCAGCAGGAUUCACACCUGAAAGACGAAAUCGGAGGUGUCAUUCUGAGCAACCACGCGCAUGGAGAGAACCGAGCGCUACAUUGUGGACACUUCAGGAACAAGAAGAAUAA